UUUUGAUCUCCCUCGUUCAUCUACACACACCCUCCUGCAGAAUCAGAGGGCAGCACACGAAAAUGGCCAUUUCAGAACGGAACACCGUCGAUAGAUUAGAUCGACCCAGUGCCUACUACAUUAGCAAGAACAAACGACGCAAGUACAGCCAAGACGAGGAACCACCGAAAGAAGAAGCACCGGAUCCAUUGAGGAAUGCGACCACGCUCUACGUCGGCAACCUCUCCUUUUACACCACAGAAGAACAAAUCCACGAACUCUUCUCGAAAUGCGGUGAGAUCAAACGCCUGGUGAUGGGUCUGGAUCGGUUCAACAAGACCCCCUGCGGGUUUUGUUUCGUCGAGUACUACACCCAUCAGGAUGCUUUGGACUGCUUGAAAUACAUCGGGGGAACCAAAUUGGAUGAGAGAAUCAUCCGAACAGAUCUCGACCCCGGGUUCGAGGAGGGCCGACAAUACGGUCGGGGUAAAUCCGGUGGACAGGUUCGCGAUGAGUACCGAGAGGAGUAUGACCCGGGUCGUGGUGGUUACGGACGAGCAUAUGACGCGCAACGAGAGCGUGAAGAGGAAGAGUACGGUGCCGGUAAGUGAUUCAAGCGGGAGGAAACAAGAAAGACUUGGAUUGGCGCAUGUAUGGCGUUUGUACAAAUUAUAUUGGGUGAGCAUGUACGUCACCAGAUGGAAUUUCAUGUUUAAUAUCUAGUAUCCAUCAUUCAACGAUAGGAAGACAAAAACGAAC